AUGGACACCUAUAUCACCGACAGGGGCAUGGUGCACGGCGCACUGUCGAUUCAUGGAAUAAACCCGGCGCUACUGAUUGAAAAGAUCAUCAGAGAACGCAUCUUUGAAACACUGUACUGGAAAGAGCUGUGUUUCAAUCUCAAUGCCGCCACUCUGUGUGAUCGAGCAGCAACAUUGACGGCCAUUGGAGGCCAGUAUGCGAAUCAAAAACCGACGCCGUUUUUGUGUCUGGUCUUCAAACUGCUCCAGAUCCAGCCCAGCCACGACAUUAUCAUGGAGUACUUGAACCAGAAGGAGUUCAAGUACCUGAGAGCGGUGGCAGCCUUCUAUAUUCGGCUGGCAUACCCCCCCGUGAAAAUAUACACUCUUUUGGAACCACUUUUAGGAGACUACCGGAAACUGCGGUUCAGAAACAUGGGUGGCGUGACUCUGACGUACAUGGAUCAGUUCAUUGAUGAUCUGUUACACGAGGAGCGAGUGUGUGAUAUUGCAUUGCCUCGACUGCCUAAACGACUGACCCUCGAAGAUGCUGAGCAGUUGGAGCCCAGAGAACCUCUUAUUGACGUUAGUGAGAGCGAAAGCGAGGAGAGUGAGGAGGAGAGUCAAGAUGAGGAAAGUGAAGAGGAAGGGGAAGAAGAUGAUGAGUAG